AUGAGUGCAGUACCGCUCGCCCGCAGCAAAUCAGCGGGUGCUUCCUUCACCUCUGCCCAGUCCUCUUCCACCUCGACUCCUGCCUCUUCUCAACCAUCCUCAGCUCCCAGUCAUGCCAAACCCGAACUGCCCAACGAACUCCUUCGUCACAUCUUCCUCUACUGUGACCCUGCUACCCUCUACAUUGGCAUCCGCGCUCUCAACCGAUCCUGGAAGCAUGCCGUUGAGCACGAGCUUAUCGCCACUCACUUUGCCAACAAGGACUGGCGUGUUGGUCUGCGUGUCACACGCAAGCUGCCCAGCACUCUGUCCCAAGCAGAAGUCGCCCAAGCCCAACGAGAGCAGGCUGACGAAGAACUCUAUCGAUUCAACCUCCUCAACCGUCCUGGCGCUCGAGAGCCUUUCAACAUCAACGCUCAGCCUCGAACGGUCACCCAUGUAAUCCCGCUCUCGUUCAAAGGGUACGAUCCUGAGAAUGUCUCUUUACGAUUCGAUACCGAUUCCACUUGGCAUUCCCUCUUCCAGGUAUCUCAGCCUCAAUCUGAUGAGCAAGGAGAGGCUGCUCCUGCCGGAAACCACGCCAAUGCUGCAGAUGAUGACUCUCAUUCCGACUCCGAGAGCGACAGCGAUCAAGAGACCCAAAGCAAUGCUAUUGCUGGCAACACUACUCUCGCUCCUCCUGCCACUGCUGCUGGUGCUGCAGCAGCCCGUGCACGUGCCAGAGCCGAGUCUGCUCGUCUUGAACUCGACUUUGGACUCGUCUGGCGAUUCCCAGAUGACGGUCAGGAUGCCGAUGUCUACCAAAUCAAGAAGGGGGACGCCGAAUCCUGGGGUCAACCUGACCCUGAGAAUGGCUGGCUCAGUCGCUUCUACUGUUCCAACUUUGACACGGUCAGCUCAGCAGCUCCUUCCGGCACAGCUUCUCCCGUCGUGCUCCAGUCGACCCCUCUUACUCGCAGGGUCCGAAGCAGUCGACUCCACUCUUCUGUCGAAAGGAGGAUGCACGAUGUGAUCGACGAUGACCAAGGAUUCUCCCCUGCUCAGAUGAUCUGGAGCGAUCAAGGUCACGAGUACAUGUCCCUACAUCUUUCGCUCGGCAUGGAGUUCUUCGUCCGUCGAUCCGCUCGUGCCAACCAGCUCGUUCGAAGGCUAGAGGCCGCUGCAGCUGCAGCUGACGCCCGCGAUGUUGUUGCUCAACUCACUCGUAAACUCAAGAAGGGCAAAAACAAGAAGUCGGGUCUGUCGAGUCUCAACCCUUCCGCUGCUGGCUCAGUGGCAGCUUCGGGUUGGGCUACACCUCUUCAAGUUGCAAGCCCGCCUCUCCAAGUUGCAAGCCCACCUCCUUCGCGUAUCACAGCUUCAGCAGAUCCACGACGACGUGCGAUACAAAACUCGCUCGGUAAAGACAUGCAUCGAGUGGCCUCCUCUUCCAAACUCGCUUCUGACAGUGCCAGUGGUAGCGAAAGUUGGUCUCGUAAAGCCAAAGAUGCGUUCAGAACAGACAAAGAUGCAGCAGACCAAGAACAAGUCACACGAACACCAGAACAAUCUGCUUCAGCACCCAACUUGCUCGCUCCCUCUAUGGCUGUUUCGCGAUACAACUCCGUCGCGCCCUCGCGUCAAGGCGGCGGUACUGUCGGUACAGGUUCAUCCUAUGGUACCAAAUCGCGUAAUGGUGGGACAGGUAAUACUAGUAGAGCAGGCGCAAGUAGUGCACCAAGAGCCACUUUCCAAGCCAAACUGUUGCGUGCUGAACGAAUGCCUUCCCGACCAUCAACUCCUGCUCCUCCUCCUGCAGGGGAGAAGGAAAGUUCGGAUUCAGCGACGGCGGAUAGAACCCCAAGUGACAGAGCAGGUUGGACUGGUGGCGAUAAGUUCGGUAGAGGUGCCUACAGAAUCGCACAGGAAUGGUCGGAAGAGUUGGAGUCGGAUAAGUUUCAAGAAGCCUUGUCGAGUAGUGGCGUUACUACUCCUGUUACUUGGACUUGGUCUAGAUAG